AUUGACUAGCGUUGUACUCACUUGGUGCUUGCACUGACGUCGACUACUACUCUUGUUCACCACCGCGGAUGACUAUAUGUCAAAGAUUGCAAGUGUUGUCAUAGUUCUCAUCGUCAUCUUCAUAGUUGAUCGUCUAGUUUUAACGUUAACGUCGUAUUAAUAAUCAUCGUUGCAAUUUUGCGACCGUUUUUACAUUAUUAUUAUUAUUACCAUAAUCGUGGUUAUAUAGUUGUCGUUGUGUUGAUUAUUCUUCUAUCGUCAUUUCGGGUGAAAUACUACGGUAAAACGAGAAACAGAAAAAGAAAUCUUUUUUUUGUAUACUGACAAUACAACAGCGGGAUCAACGUCCCCCGUUAUUAUUCAGGAUGUUGGCGCUAAUCAAUAGGAUCUUAGAUUGGUUCAAGUCACUCUUUUGGAAGGAGGAAAUGGAACUUACCCUCGUUGGACUUCAAUAUAGCGGAAAAACUACGUUCGUUAAUGUUAUAGCGUCAGGACAAUUUAGCGAAGACAUGAUACCAACGGUUGGUUUUAAUAUGCGUAAAAUAACUAAGGGUAAUGUUACCAUCAAAGUUUGGGACAUCGGCGGUCAACCAAGGUUUAGAUCCAUGUGGGAAAGAUAUUGCAGAGGUGUCAAUGCUAUAGUGUACAUGGUCGAUGCAGCUGAUUCAGAAAAAAUUGAAGCCAGUCGUAACGAAUUACAUAAUUUACUGGACAAGCCUCAACUAUCCGGUAUACCAGUUCUAGUACUUGGAAAUAAAAGGGACCUUCCUCACGCAUUGGAUGAAAAUGGGCUUAUAGAAAGAAUGAAUUUGUCAGCAAUUCAAGAUCGUGAGAUUUGUUGCUAUAGCAUUUCUUGCAAAGAAAAGGACAAUAUUGAUAUUACGUUACAAUGGCUCAUAGCACAUUCCCGAAGCGGAAUACGCUAAUACGUAUGGAAAUAUGCUAUGUAUUCGUGUUGGAAUACCCAAGAUAUCGGUAAAAGUAUUGGGAUCAAUCGCACGAGGGGUGUUAAAUGGAUUUUGUUCAGGAUUCAGAAUCGAGUCAUAAUCGUAGAAAAUUUCACAACCUAAGCUUUAGCAAUUUUAAGUUUAAAUACGAAGAGUUUGUGGUGAAUUAAAGGGAGGAAGAAUGAAAAAGAGAAAAAAAAGUAAAAAAAUAGGAAAAAAAAAAGAUAUAAAAAACAAUGCUUAUGCCAAGUAUGUUCUUGUGGAUUAUAACACGAAAGGCUCUUAUUAUUUGGGAGCUAGUUUAGCGUUAAGAAACAAUUUUUUAUAUUUUCGUUUUUAGAUACUCGAUUCAAGCAUCAGUGCUAUUAUUUGAACUUGUAAUAUUGGAGCAUAAUAGUAUUUAAUAAUUAUAAUAGAUCACUGGUAGCUAAUACAAAUACAGGCUCAAAGGUAUUAAUAUUAAUUAUUAUAUAAUAUGCAAUCUCUUUAAAAUUACUUGAUAAUGAUUAAAACAACACGAUGUAGAGAUUUCAAACAAUUGAUUGCUAAAUGUACAUGAUGCGAUGCUAAGUAAACUUGUAUAAUUAAUGAAGAAUAAUGGACUAUACAAUAUCAAUU